AUGACGGAGCAGCAGGAGCAGUCCAGGUUUGGGGGUUUCAAGACAGUGUCCUCCCCGCUCGCCAUCAGGCCAAACCCAAAUAGCGCCGCCGCCAACCUCGACCACCCCACCACAACCACAGCCCCCACCACCUCCACUGUCACAAUGUCGAGCUCUACCGCCACCUCGGCCAACGCCCAGCAGCAGGCCCACACGACGCCCAAGGCCCGCCGCCAGAGCACGGCCGAGGCGCUCGCCGCGUCGGCGGACCUGGAGGAAGCCCUCGUCUCCCCCACCACCGGCACCACGGCGGAGCACCAUCGCCGCCGCGACUCGCUCGACGGCGAGGCGGCCGAGCGAGCCCGGACCGCCGCCGAGGCCUGGAAGCCCGCUAUGGACCGCCGCCAGAGCUGGAACCGAGAGGAGCAGAAGCACUCGCUGCAGAUGAGCUCCAUCGCCGACGUCAAGACCGGGCCUGGAUUCAGCGAACGCGGUGCUGCCCAGUGA